AUGUCUACUUUAUAUCAACCCCUGCCCGUCGGCCUCCUGCCUGGAUCUUUGCUCCUUGGAGCGACUCUAGCCCCAAAUAUUCUGCUCCCAAUAUUUUCAGCCAUUGCGAACUAUGUGCCAAUUCUAGCAAGAUUUGGGCCCGUCUUUGCGGAAAACAGCCGCCGGUUUAAGGCGCCGUUAUUGGCCUUCGUUGUACUUGGGGGCGUGCGCUGGCUGAACCGCAUCCUCUCUAUCAUGGCUCAGAACUCGUGGCGCACCGCUCUUCCGAAUGAUUGGGACUGGCCGAACGAGGUUGCUAUAGUCACCGGUGGUAGCAGCGGCAUCGGCCAAGCCGUCGCUCAGAGGCUUGUGGCCAAGGGUCUGACUGUCGCUAUUCUGGACGUUCAAGACCCUCCAGAGUCGUUAAAAGACCAGCGUCGCACACAUUUUUAUAAAUGUGAUAUCUCUAAGCCAGAGGCCAUCGCAGCCGUGGCAGACGCCAUUCGGAACGAGUUGGGGGAUCCAACUGUCUUAAUCAAUAACGCUGGAAUCACCCAUCGGUCCUCAAUCCUUGAACUCUCCCACGAAGCCCUCCAACAGUUGUUCGCCAUCAACUGCUUUGCACACUGGUAUACGGUGCAACAAUUCCUUCCCGACAUGAUCAAACAUAACAAAGGCCAUGUAGUUACGGUGGCCAGCUCAGCCUCCUUCAUUGCCGUUGCCAACGCCGGCGACUACUCCAGCAGCAAGAGUGCCAUCCGUGCUUUCCAUGAGACACUCGGCACAGAGCUCAAGCAUAUAUAUGAUGCUCCAAAUGUACUCACUACGGCUGUUCAUACAGAAUUCGUCAAGACGCCAAUCCUGAAAGACCAACAAGCGCAUCUUGAUAAAGAGGGCACAUUCAUGCUCGACAGCGACUUCGUUGCGGACAAGAUUGUCGACCGGAUCAUGAGCAGAACCGGCGGUGACUUGAUUCUUCCAGAGAGUCACUCGUUUGUUGCGGGCUUGAGAGCUUGGCCUGCAUGGCUGCAGGAGCUUGCUCGGGAUAAAAUGGGUCGACGUGUGAGGAGGAGGAGGGCGGAAGCAGCUGGUGUAGCGCUUCUCUGA